GAGAAAGAAUCGGUUCUUAGGACCGACUCGUUCGUGAGCGAUACCUCACUAGUCAGAAGACUCAAACAGUCGGAAAUUACCGGAGAGUCUGCAGUUGUGCAAGACCUGAGAAAAAGUUGCAGUCGAGUGUUGUGAAUGAAGAUGGAUUCUGCGGCGGUGGAGAUAGACGGAAGUGUGAUGGAAGGAGGCGGACAGAUCCUGAGAGUCUCCGCGGCGCUCAGCUGCAUCAUCGGUUCUGCCAUCAAGAUUACCAAAAUCCGAGCCGGCAGGAGCACGCCGGGGCUCAGGCCGCAGCACCUGAGCGGCCUGCAGCUGGUCUCAGAUCUGUGUUCGGGCAGUCUGCAGGGAGCCAGCAUCGGAUCCACCGACAUCAGUCUGACUCCAGGGAAGAUCCGGUCUGGAAACCACACAGCCGACACGCAGACUGCAGGGAGUGUGUGUCUGCUGCUGCAGGUGGCUCUGCCCUGCGCUCUGUUCGCCGAUGCCGCCUCACAGCUCUGUCUGAAGGGGGGAACCAACGCAGAGAUGGCUCCUCAGAUAGACUACACCGUCAAGGUCUUUAAACCCAUCGUGGAGAAGUUCGGAGUCCAUUUUGACUGCGACAUCAGAAUGAGGGGUUACUACCCUAAAGGUGGAGGCGAGGUGAUGGUGACGGUGAAUCCGGUCAAAGAGCUGCAGCCCGUCACCAUGACGGAGAGAGGAAACAUCACCAAGAUCCACGGCAGGGCGUACGUCGCCGGCGUGCUGCCUUAUAAAUUGGCUAAAGACAUGUCUGCUGCUGCUGUUCGAACCAUCAGGAAGGAAAUCAAAGAACUUUACAUCAACAUCCAGCCGCUGCAGGAGAAGGAGAAGGCCUUCGGGAACGGCAACGGCAUCAUAAUAAUCGCUGAGUCAUCGACAGGUUGUCUGUUUGCUGGUUCAGCUCUUGGGAAGAAAGGUGUGUAUGCUGAUAAAGUUGGUAUUGAAGCUGCUGAGAUGUUGCUGAGAAACAUCAGACACAACGGCUGCGUGGACGAGUUUUUGCAGGAUCAGCUCAUCAUCUUCAUGGCGUUGGCGAAGGGCACGUCUCGGAUCCGAACUGGUGCUGUGACGCUACACACACAGACGGCCAUCCACAUCGCAGAGCAGCUGACUCAGGCAAAGUUUACAAUAACGAAGUGCGAGGAAGAGCUGAGCAGCAACGUCACCUACAUCAUCGAAUGUCAAGGGUCGGGAGCCGUUAACUCCAACCUGUAGCCCCACACACACUCUGUAAACACACUGAAAACACACUGAAAACACACUCUCCUGCACUCAGCAUGGCCGACCCUCUUAGCUUCUGUCUCUCAGGGUUUUUCCUUAAAUACUGUAAUAAUUAAUUAAAUAAAACUCUUCCAGACAUUUA